AUGCCAACAAUAAACCUCUCAGCUGUCAGUGCAUUCAUCACAGCGCUGUUCUAUGCUUUCGAGUUUUUCUUUCUUUCUUUCUCAAGUCAUCUUAUAUUUAUCAUUCUUUCUUUCUAUCUUUCUUUCUUUCUCAAGUUAUUUUACAUCUAUUAUUCUUUCUUUCUCAAUGAUCUAACAUUAUCAGCUUUCUAUUUUUUCUUUCUUUCUUUCUUUCUCAAGAGAUCUUACAUUUAUCAUUCUUUCUAUCUUUCUUUCUUUCUUUCUUUCUUUCUCAAUGAUCUAACAUUAUCAGCUUUUCUUUCUUUCUCAAGUCAUCUUAUAUUUAUCAUUCUUUCUUUCUAUCUUUCUUUCUUUCUCACUGAUCUUACAUUUAUCAUUCUUUCUUUCUUUCUUUCUUUCUUUCUAUCUUUCUUUCUUUUUUUCUCACGUGAUCUUACACUUAUCAUUCUUUCUUUCUUUCUUUCUCACGUGAUCUUACAUUUAUCAUUCUUUCUUUCUUUCUUUCUUUCUAUCUUUCUUUCUUUUUUUUUUUCUCAAGUGAUCUUACAUUUAUCAUUCUUUUUCUUUCUUUCUUUCUUUCUUUCUUUCUCACGUGAUCUUACAUUUAUCAUUCUUUUCUUUUCUUUCUUUUCUUUUUUUUCUUUCUUUCUUUCUCACGUGAUCUUACAUUUAUCAUUCUUUCUUUCUUUCUUUCUCACUGAUCUUACAUUUAUCAUUCUUUCUUUCUUUCUUUCUUUCUUUCUUUUUUUCUCAAGUGAUCUUACAUUUAUCAUUCUUUCUUUCUUUCUUUCUAUCUUUCUUUCUUUUUUCUCACGUGAUCUUACAUUUAUCAUUCUUUCUUUCUUUCUUUCUUUCUUUCUCACUGAUCUUACAUUUAUCAUUCUUUCUUUCUUUCUUUCUAUCUUUCUUUCUUUUUUCUCACGUGAUCUUACAUUUAUCAUUCUUUCUUUCUUUCUUUCUUUCUUUCUCACUGAUCUUACAUUUAUCAUUCUUUCUUUCUUUCUUUCUUUUUUCUUUCUAUCUUUCUUUCUUUUUUCUCACGUGAUCUUACAUUUAUCAUUCUUUUCUUUCUUUCUUUCUUUCUUUCUAUCUUUCUUUCUUUUUUUCUCACGUGAUCUUACAUUUAUCAUUCUUUCUUUCUUUCUUUCUUUUUCUUUCUCAAGUUAUCUUUACAUUUAUCAUUCUUUCUUUCUUUCUUUCUUUCUUUCUUUUUUUUUUUCUCACGUGAUCUUACAUUUAUCAUUCUUUUUUCUUUCUUUCUUUCUUUCUUUCUCACGUGAUCUUACAUUUAUCAUUCUUUCUUUCUUUCUUUCUUUCUUUUUUUCUCAAGUGAUCUUACAUUUAUCAUUCUUUCUUUCUUUCUUUCUUUCUUUCUUUUUUUCUCACGUGAUCUUACAUUUAUCAUUCUUUCUUUCUUUCUUUCUUUCUUUCUUUCUUUCUUUCUUUCUCGUGAUCUUACAUUUAUCAUUCUUUUUUUUUUCUUUCUUUCUUUUUUUUUUUCUCGUGAUCUUACAUUUAUCAUUCUUUCUUUCUUUCUUUCUUUUUUUUUUCUCACUGAUCUUACAUUUAUCAUUCUUUCUUUCUUUCUUUCUUUCUAUCUUUCUUUCUUUUUUUCUCGUGAUCUUACAUUUAUCAUUCUUUCUUUCUUUCUUUCUUUCUAUCUUUCUUUUUUUUUUCUCACGUGAUCUUACAUUUAUCAUUCUUUUCUUUUCUUUCUUUCUUUCUUUCUUUCUCCGUGAUCUUACAUUUAUCAUUCUUUCUUUCUUUCUUUCUUUUUUCUUUCUUUUUUUUUCUCAAGUGAUCUUACAUUUAUCAUUCUUUCUUUCUUUCUUUCUUUCUUUCUUUCUAUCUUUCUUUCUUUUUUCUCACGUGAUCUUACAUUUAUCAUUCUUUCUUUCUUUCUUUCUUUCUAUCUUUCUUUCUUUUUUUCUCACUGAUCUUACAUUUAUCAUUCUUUCUUUCUUUCUUUCUUUCUUUCUAUCUUUCUUUCUUUUUUUCUCACUGAUCUUACAUUUAUCAUUCUUUCUUUCUUUCUUUCUUUCUUUCUUUCUAUCUUUCUUUCUUUUUUUCUCAAGUGAUCUUACAUUUAUCAUUCUUUCUUUCUUUCUUUCUAUCUUUCUUUCUUUUUUUUCACGUGAUCUUACAUUUAUCAUUCUUUUUUCUUUCUUUCUUUCUUUCUUUCUAUCUUUCUUUCUUUUUUUCUCACGGGAUCUUACAUUUAUCAUUCUUUCUUUCUUUCUUUCUCACGUGAUCUUAUAUCUAUCAUUCUUUCUUUCUUUUUUUUUUCUCAAUGAUCUUACAUUUAUCAUUCUUUCUUUCUUUCUAUCUUUCUUUCUUUUUUUCUCACGUGAUCUUACAUUUAUCAUUCUUUCUUUCUUUCUUUCUUUCUAUCUUUCUUUCUUUCUUUCUCACGUGAUCUUACAUUUAUCAUUCUUUCUUUCUUUCUUUCUUUCUUUCUCACUGAUCUUACAUUUAUCAUUCUUUCUUUUUCUUUCUUUCUUUCUUUCUUUCUAUCUUUCUUUCUUUUUUUCUCAAGUGAUCUUACAUUUAUCAUUCUUUCUUUCUUUCUUUCUUUCUAUCUUUCUUUUUUUCUCACGUGAUCUUAUAUUUAUCAUUCUUUCUUUCUUUCUUUCUUUCUUUCUCACGUGUACUUUCAUCAUUUUUAUUCCUUUCCUGAGAUCGGCUUUCAUUCAUACUCAAUUGAACUUUUUUCUUUCUUUCAUUUAUUUAUUCUUUCUUUCUUUCUUUCUUUCUUUCUUUCUUUCUUUCUUUCUUUCUUUCUUUUUCUUUUCCCUUAAUUUAUUUUCAUUCUUAGGUCCUUUUUCAUUCAUUGUUUAUUCUUUCCUGAUUUUUCAUAUGGUUUCCUUUCGUUUAUUCUUAACUUUUGUUUCGUUUCGUUUCGUUUCUUUCUUUCUUUCUUUCUUUCUUUCUAAAAUGUCCUUUUUUCAUUAUUCAUUUUGCUGUUUUUGCUAUAAAUCAUUUAGAAAAAUAAUUUCUUUCUUUUUCGUUUUCUUUUCUUUCUUUAUUCUUUCUUUUUUAACUUUCCUAAUUUCCAUUCUUUUUGCCGUAGUGUCUUUAUACUUUUUCUUUAUUUUUGUCCAGUUUUUUUCUAUCUUUCUUUUAGUAAAGUUUCUUUUCGUUUUAGUUGUUUUUCUUUCUUUCUUUCUUUUUCUUUUAGUCGUGUUUCUUUCUUUUAGUCGUGUUUCUUUCUUUUUCUUUUUAGUCGUGUUUCUUUUUUCUUUUUCUUUUAUCGUGUUUCUUUCUUUUAGUCGUGUUUCUUUCUUUUUCGUUUUAGUCGUGUUUCUUUCUUUUCUUUCUUUUAGUUGUUUCUUUCUUUUAGUCGUGUUUCUUUCUUUUUCUCGUUUUUCUUUCUUUUUUCUUUUUAGUCGUGUUUCUUUUAGUCGUGUUUCUUUCUUUUUCGUUUUAGUCGUGUUUCUUUUUUCUUUUUCUUUUAUCGUGUUUCUUUCUUUUAGUCGUGUUUCUUUCUUUUUCGUUUUAGUCGUUUUUCUUUUUUUUCUUUUUAUUCGUGUUUCUUUUAGUCGUGUUUCUUUUUUAGUCUCGUUUUCUUUUUUUAGUCGUGUUUCUUUCUUUUUCGUUUUAGUCGUUUUUCUUUUUUUUCUUUUUAUUCGUGUUUCUUUUAGUCGUGUUUCUUUUAGUCGUUCGUGUUUCUUUUUUAUUUUUAUUUUAGUCGUGUUUCUUUCUUUUAGUCGUGUUUCUUUCUUCUUCGUUUUAAUCGUGUUUCUUUUUUAUUUUUAUUUUAGUCGUGUUUCUUUCUUUUUCGUUUUAGUAGUUUUUCUUUCUUUUUUUCUUUUUAGUCGUGUUUCUUUUUCUUGUAGUGUUUCUUUCUUUUUCGUUUUACUCUCAUUUUUUGUCGUGUUUCUUUCUUUUUCGUUUUACUCGUGUUUCUUUUUUCUUUUUCUCUUAGUCGUGUUUCUUUCUUUUAGUCGUGUUUCUUUCUUUUUCGUUUUAGUCGUUUUUCUUUUUUUUUUCUUUUUAGUCGUGUUUCUUUCUUUUAGUUGUGUUUUUUCAUUUUCGUUGUACUCGUGUUUCUUUUUUAUGUUUCUUUUAGUCGUGUUUCUUUCUAUUUCUCGUGUUUCUUUCUUUUUCGUUUUAGUCGUGUUUCUUUUUCAUUUUUAUUUUAGUCGUGUUUCUUUUUUCUUUUUCCUUUUAGUCGUGCUUCUUUCUUUUAGUCGUUCGUGUUUCUUUUUUCUUUUUCUUUUAGUCGUGUUUCUUUCUUUUAGUCGUGUAUCUUUCUUUUUCGUUUUAGUCGUGUUUCCUUUUUAUUUUUAUUUUAGUCGUGUUUCUUUCUUUUUCGUUUUAGUCGUGUUUCUUUUUUAUUUUUAUUUUAGUCUUUCGUGUUUCUUUCUUUUAGACGAGGUUCUUUUCUUUUUUUCUUUUAAGUUUCUUUGUUUCUUUUAUUUAUUUCUUUCUUUUAAACGAGGUACUUUCUUUCUUUUAGUCAAGUUUCUUUUUUCUUUUUUCGAAUUUCUUUCUUUUUAUAAAAUUUCUUUCUUUCUUUUACUAAGAUUUCUUUCUUUCUUUCUUUAUUUUGGUCGAGUUUCUUUCUUUCUUUUAUCAAGUUCCUUUCUUUUAGAAGUGCUUCUUUCUUUUAAACGAAUUCAUUUCUUUCUUUUAAGAAGCGACUCUUCUAUAUCAUUCAAAGUGACACAAAGUAUCAAGGCAAAUUUAGAAUGUCGUAACCUGUAUUUAUCAUAUUAUAUGUGUGCGCAUCUAUCUAUCUAUCUAUCUAUCUAUCUAUCUAUCUAUCUAUGUGUACAUGAUGCAUUUAAUCCUGGUGUCUCUUUCUCGUCCCCGACACUUGAUUUCCCUAGUCAGCCAUCUAAAUGGCGACACGAAAUCACACGCGUACACGCCUGUUUCAUUUAUCCAUCCUACAUCUAUCUAUCUAUCUAUCUAUCUAUCUAUCUAUCUAUCUUAUAA